UCCAAACAAAAAUGCGCUCAGACAACACAGCACACAGUAGCCCAGAAAAACCUGUAGCUGCAGGUGGAAGCCAGAUACAAUUCUCAAAUUUUUAUCCUAACCUCACUCUUCCUCCACUCAACCUCAUCAAGUAUCAACGCCUCCUCCAGGCUCCAUCACUGCUGCUAAGUGCUGCUGCUGUUCUUUUCCUCAGAUCAGAUCCGGACUGUUGGUCUAUUGCUGCUGCUGCUCCACCUUAGAUGCUUGAUCACAGUCACACACACACAUUUUCAAGAUAAAUUUGCAGCCAGAGCUUUAUUGGAUGCAAUGGAGCAAAAUGCGAAAAAGGUAACCAGUCCUUCCAAGGGUUUAUUGCAAAGUGAAGAUUUGUAUCAGUAUAUCCUGGAGACUAGUGUGUACCCACGAGAACCAGAUUUUCUCAAGGAGCUAAGGCAUGUCACUGCUAGUCAUCCAAGGGCUAGGAUGGCUACUGCACCAGAUGCAGGUCAGCUGAUGGCCUUGUUGUUGAAGCUAGCAAAUGCGAAAAAGACAAUUGAACUUGGAGUCUUUACAGGAUACUCUCUUCUCCUCACUGCUCUUACAAUUCCUGAGGAUGGAAAGAUUAUAGCCAUAGAUGUAAAUCGGGAGACAUUUGAGAUUGGGUUGCCAGUAAUUAAGAAAGCUGGUGUUGCCGACAAAAUUGAUUUCAUUGAGUCUGAGGCUUUACCAGUUCUUGAUCAGCUAUUACAAAAUCCUGAAAAUGAAGGGAGUUUCGACUUUGCUUUUAUCGAUGCUGACAGUGUGAAUUAUUGGAACUACCAUGAGAGGCUGAUGAAACUGUUAAAGGUAGGUGGCCUAGUUGUCUAUGAUAACACACUCUGGAAAGGAACAGUAGCAAUGCCUGAUGCGUUGGUUCCAGAGUUCUGGAAACAGGAGAGGGAGUUGGCAAUUGAGCUUAACAAAUCAUUUGCAGCUGAUCCUCGCAUCCAAAUUUCGCAUGCUUCAUUGGGUGAUGGUAUCACAAUCUGCAGGCGUAUCUACUGAAUGAUUUCUUCAGACUUCUCUGCAUUUUUCUUGCUUUAUGAGUUUGAAUGUAAUAAUUGAACCUCAACUACCUCGCUUAGAUUAGUACUCCUUUAGAUACUAGUUCUCAUAUAAAGAAAAGUGUGUGGUUUUAGAAACAUCAGAAGCUGGGGUUGCUAAAAGAACAGAUGGCUUCAUUCAGGUCUUCCUUGUGGACCAAAAAGAACUGUUGCCAUUUUCUGUUUUUAGCUACUAUUAUCAGAAAACAGUAUAUUUUCCAUUGUGAGCUGAAAUCAUCUUCAACAAA